CCCUACACACACCUGUCGUGCUUUGCUCUUGGUUAGAGAGACGACUGAGACACCGGACCAUCAAGUGAGAGAGACCUUUGGACAAGAAGCCUUGCCUACGAGGACCGCCUAGGUGAUCCCAGGACGAUCAAGAUGUCCAGCUACUAUAGCGACGACGAGUCUAUCGACGUCCAUGUCAAGAGAUAUGCUCGGGCCCCUUCUCCCCACCGCCCAGCACCAGCCCCCCAUUACAUUCAAACCAUUUCGCGGGAUCGAGACCAUGUUCGCGAGCGGCCCCACAGCUACUACCAAUCUGGGCCCGUCUACCUGAACCCCGAGCGAACCGUCGUCACCACUCGCUCGAGGUCCCGCGAGCGCCGCUCCAGUCCGCCCACCAGCCAAGCCCCGGUUGCGCCUGUGAUCAUCCACAACAAGAUCAUCAAUGAGCACUCCGACGACGACUACUCGUCGGAAGAGUCGGGCCGCCGUCACCACCGCCGGCGACCCUCCCAUUCCCACUCCCGGUCGCACCACUCCCCUGGCUCGUCGUCCAGCCACAUUGAUGCCGCCCGCGACCAGUGGGAGCUGGAGAAGACCCGCCGCGAGCUCGAGUCACUGAGGGUCGCUCAGUCCCGCGAGCGCGACGAGAGGCGCAUGGACAAGCAGUACCGCGAGGACGCCGAGCUGCAGCGGGCCAAGCGGGAGCUAGACGAGAUCAAGCGGCGCGAGAAGCUCGAGGAAGAGGAGAAGCGCAUCCGCAAGGAGCUCGAGCUGAAAAAACUCGAGGAGGAGCGACGCGAGGCGGAGGAGAAGGAACGCCGCGAGAAGGAAGCCAAGGAGGCCGUCGCCAGGUACAAGGCCGAAGAGGCCGAGCGCCUUGUCAAGGAGAAGCGCGAGAGGGAGUUGGCCGAGAAGGAGUACCAGCGCCGCAUGCAGGAGGACUUGAUCCGUGCCGGCGUCGAUGAGAAGGAUAUCGAGGCCAUCCUCAAAAAGGAGAAGAUCAAGAGGGAGGACGAGAAAAAGAAGGAGGACGACAGGAGACACGCGGAUCAACAGCUCGCUCGGCCUACUUACACCCGCAUGUCCCUCAGGCACUUGGACGUCGAGACGUUGGUCUAUUACAACAUCGAGUUCGACUAUGAUCAUGAACCGGGCUAUGUUCUCAUCAAGCGAUGGGUGCCCGAAUGGGAGCAGGACAUGCUCUGGGAGCACACUCGCAAGAUCCGCAUCAUCCAGAAGGCCGAGAAGGUGGACCACAAGGUCGUUCUCCAGAUCGAGGACUCGAAGCACAAGCACAAGCACAAGCACAAGGAGGACGACCAGUUCAUGUGGGUCCACAAGAAGACUGAGCGCAGACGCAGCAAGUCUCCCGGCCUUCUCAUGUACCUCGCUGGUGGCCGCCCCAGUUAAUCUGAUGGGUACAAUACUUACCUGCCCGGCCGGCGGCUUCGGGUCUCGGACUCCCCCCUCCCCAUGAUUCAGAUUUGGCUCGCUUGCUUGGGUAUAAUGUCUUGACAGGUCACGAGGUGGGAGGAAUCUGAAGUCAGGGAGAUGGAAGUGAGCUGGAAGUCAGGAGAUUUGAAGUAAGUUGGUAUCUGGAAAGGGGGUGGAGAU